CUCUUUUCCAGAACUCACAUACACCACAUGGAACCAGAAAAUGAUACACAAAUUUCUGAAUUUUUUCUCCUGGGAUUUUCAGAGAACCCAGAAUUACAACCCCUCAUAUUUGGGCUUUUCCUCUCCAUGUACCUGAUCACUGUGUUUGGAAACCUGCUUAUCAUCCUGGCCAUUAGCACAGACCCUAACCUCCACACCCCCAUGUACUUCUUCCUGGCCAACCUGUCCUUUGUAGACAUAUGCUUCACCUCCACUACCAUCCCCAAGAUGCUGUGGAACAUCCAGACUCAGAGUAAAGUCAUAACCUACACAGGCUGUGUUACUCAGAUUUAUUUCCUCAUACUUUUUGCUGUGUUGGAUGUCUUUCUCCUGAGUGUGAUGGCCUAUGAUCGCUUUGUGGCCAUCUGUCACCCCUUGCACUACACGGUCAUCAUGAACCCUAAGCUCUGUGGACUGCUGGUUCUGAUGUCCUGGGUCAUGUGUAUCCUGAAUUCCUUGCUACAAAGUUUAAUGAUGUUGCGGCUUUCCUUCUGUUCACACUUGGAUAUCCCUCACUUUUUUUGUGAACUCAAUGAGAUGGUCCAACUUGCCUGUUCUGACACUUUUCUGAAUAAUUUGGUGAUGUAUUUUGCAGCUGUCCUUCUGGGUGGGGGUCCUUUUGCUGGGAUCCUUUACUCUUAUUCUAAGAUAGUUUCCUCCAUACAUAGAAUCUCAUCAGCUCAGGGCAAGUAUAAAGCAUUUUCCACUUGUGCAUCUCACCUUUCUGUUGUCUGUUUAUUUUAUUGUACAAUGCUUGGUGUGUACCUUAGCUCUGCUGCUACCAAGAGCUCCCACGCAAGUGCAGUGGCCUCCGUGAUGUACACGGUGGUCACGCCCAUGUUGAACCCCUUCAUCUACAGUCUGAGGAACAGAGACAUAAAGAGGGGUCUGAGAAGAAUCAUUGGGGUUCCAGUGAUGUAA